AUGUACGAUGCUGGUCCCUUUCGUGUGCCUUUUCCCUUCGACCCGUACCCGUUGCAGCUGCAUGCCAUGGAGGCCAUCCGCGGCGGGUUGGCGGCGGGAGACGUCGUCGUGCUUGAAUCACCCACCGGGACUGGCAAGACACAGGUGCUUCUUAACGGUGUGCUGUCGCACGUCUUUGAGCCUAUUGUAGCUUCAGGAGGCAACGACGCCGCACUGCUUCAGCAGCAGAAUGCAUCACCACCGAAAACCGUGGCCUCAGUCCCUCCUUUGGCAGAGGCGGUUGGACGCGGCCGCAAAAGACAGCGAAAGGGAAAGGCGACUGAUAAGCAACGCACGAGGGUUUCUGCUCCAAAAGCCGACGAAGAUGUGUUUUUGCUAGAACACAACACAGAUGAGGCGAUCUCUGAGCGACAGCGUGAGUUGGCAAUGAUGGGUGGCAGCUCAUCUUUGUGUUCCUCCUCAAGUUCCUCAUCUGUGGCAAUUGCCGAUGACGAUGAUGAGGUGAGUGACGAUGAAUGGGAACCAUGCCUGCAAGCGUUGCAAAAGCCGAAGGUAUACUUCUCUAGUCGCACCCACACGCAACUGCAACAGCUCACCGAGGAGCUGGGUCGAACCGUGUUUGCAAGGCAUCCGGUUCGUCCGCGCCGUCGUCAGCACAUAGUCAUUGGUGGCGAACAUAACAAUGAGGCCGUGGAGCCUGUUUUGGAUGACACACCACACAUGCUGCGUUAUGUUCAUGUGGCAGGGCGGCAGCAGCUUUGCAUAAAUGCUUCUUUAAGGGCUGCAGCAGGUAACAACAACGAGCGUCUGAAUGAGUUGUGUCUGGAAGCAAUGAAGUACGAAUACUCCAAAGAGGGCCGCGCAGCGCGCAAACAACAAGAGAUGCGAGGCAAGUUCUCUUCCCUUGCGGAUAUCGAAGAUAAUGCUCGCUGGGGCAAAGUGCCAAAUGGAUGUGGCUACUGCCGGCGAGAACGGUUGAAGAUUCUGAGAGACUAUGUUAAUAUAGCACCUCGAGGACUUUUGGAGAUGCGGGAACUUGGAAGGACCGUCGGUGCUUGCCCGUUUCUUGCCACUCGCGAACUGCUUCGUGGAGCUGAUGUCGUUUUGAUUCCCUACAGUUACCUUGUUUCACCCGAGGUGCGACAUAUAUUGCUGUCAGGGACGGCAACAAAUGCAUAUGAAACAGCAGCACAACUGGAGGAAGCAAAAAAGCAUAGGGACUUUGAUACUACUACUACCGCUUCGCACUUACACCGUACCAUGCCGUUCGAUCAAGACUCCAUUUUGCCUCCCAACUUCUCUGGGGAUGUAAUUGUUGUGGAUGAAGCACACAAUCUCGUGGAUGCCUGCCGCAAUGCGACUGCAAGCACGGUGUCAUCGGUGGACCUGUCACUGGUGCGGCGAAUUCUUGAUGGAUACUGCAGCCUCUACGAAAAGAGGCUCCUCACACGCAACAAGCAACGCCUUCGUGAGAUGGUGUCAUUUGUCGAUAAUUUGUUAACGUACUUAAACGUGACGUCUGUGGAACAAACUAACUCAGCAGCAGCGGUAGUGUGCACUUUUUCGUCUUUUGUGUUUGAUGCGAAUGUGGACAACGUAAAUGUUUAUAGCUUUCUGACCUUUUUGAGUGAGAGUCGCCUUUUACCGAAACUGCACAGUCUUGUGGCAUUCUUGACCUUGCGUGGGAAGGAGUCUUCAGAGCAAGAAAGGCACUCACUGGCCGCAACGGGGCGAAGCAUCCACAGAGGUGGAGCCAACAAGGCUGCAGAUAAUAAUACAACUCGUGGGGGAGCAACGGAUGCAAUUCUUUUGGCUGCCGAUCAGGAUCCUAAAUUGGUUACGGGUGCGCUGUAUAGAUUUGACGCCUUCUUGCGUUGGUACAGUCGCUCGGAUGAGCACUCACGCUUUCUCCUGCGUCGAGCACCGGUAGAGGGAGAAAAGGGGCCAACCGACAUUGUUACGCUUCACUUGCUGCAAUUAGAGCCCGGAACACAUACACUGUUCCCAGUGUUAGACCAAGUACAAGCGGCUGUAUUGGCUGGUGGCACCAUGAAGCCGCUUGCCCUGACGUGUGAUUUGCUCCUACGAUCUCUCAACCCACGCCAACCAUCUUCAGCUUAUGCGGAUGAAAUGGACGACAUGACAAACUUGGAGAGGAAACGGGGAAACGUCUUGACAGAGAAGAAGGUCCUUUUCAUCGAGGAGGGUCAUAUCGUUCCGUUCUCAUCCAUUGCGGUGUUUACAUUGGGUGUUGGUCCAAGUGGUUAUCGUGUGGAACUACAACAUGCGACACGUAAUCAGUGGGAUCGCCAGUUUGAGGAGAUUGCAGCUGCAUUGCUGAAUUUUUGUCGUGUCAUACCCGACGGUGUGAUUGUUUUCUUUACUUCGUAUGAGAUGGAGGAAAAAUUUCUGAGAAUUUUGCAACAAACUGGCCUGUAUGACGCAAUUAACGAUGUGAAGCGCAUUUUUCGUGAGCCGGGGCGUCUCACCACUUCGAGGGUCCCCGCUCAGCGCAGCGAGGAAGGAACAUCCUUGUCUAACGCGGUGGAUGCAAUGUUGGCGGAAUACGCCCAAUGGAUUCGCACCGAGUCUUCGGGAGGUGCACUUUUGUUUGCCGUCAUGGGUGGGAAGCUUUCAGAGGGCAUUAAUUUCAACGACGAUCUCGGUCGCGCCGUGAUUGUUAUUGGGUUGCCGUAUGCCAAUCCCAGUGAUGUGGAGUUACAGCUGUAUUUGGGUCACAUUGUUAACACACGUCUGCUGCGGGACUCAACCUCUGCAGGGUCGAAUACGCCCACUUUGGGUGUUGUCAAAAAUGAGGGAUCUUCACCAUUUAAUUCUUCCGCGGAGUGGGGCCUCUUUACGGACCUCUGCCUACGCACUGUCAACCAGAGCAUGGGUCGCUGCAUUCGUCACGCGGCGGACUACGCCGUUGUGGUCCUUUUUGAUGCACGUUACGGGGAACGGCCUGACAUACAUCGUCGUAUUGCCUCGUGGAUGCAACCCUCUGUCCGGGUGACGCGCACCUUUGGUGAGUGUUUUAGAGGCGUGAGAGAUUUUUUUAAGGCUUUACACUGA